GCUCCGUCCAAAAGAAAAUGGGGUUUGGUGUAAAUCUGGGGGUGUAAUGUUCUCAUAUAUCACGCUACCUCGUAAAACCGACACCGAAGGCUGCCGGACAACAAAUCACAGGUCAAAAUUAUGAGUUCCUCGUACUAUGUGAACGCGCUCUUUAGCAAGUACACGGCGGGGGCCUCCCUCUUCCAAAAUGCCGAGCCCACCUCUUGCUCCUUUGCACCCAACUCGCAGAGGAGCGGCUACGGGCCGGGCGCCGGCGCCUUCGCCUCCGCCGUGCCGGGCCUCUACAACGUCAACAGCCCCCUGUACCAGGGCCCCUUCGCGGCCGGCUACGGCCUGGGCGCCGCCGCCGACGCCUACAACCUGCCCUGCGCCUCCUACGACCAGAACAUCCCCGGGCUCUGCGGGGACCUUGCCAAAGGCGCCUGCGACAAGGCGGACGAGGGCUCGCUGCCCGGCCCGGCCGAGGCCACCUUCCGCAUCUACCCCUGGAUGCGCAGCUCAGGACCCGACAGGAAGCGGGGCCGCCAGACCUACACGCGCUACCAGACGCUGGAGCUGGAGAAGGAGUUCCACUUCAACCGCUACCUGACCCGGCGGCGCCGCAUCGAGAUCGCCCACGCGCUCUGCCUCACCGAGCGCCAGAUCAAGAUCUGGUUCCAGAACCGGCGCAUGAAGUGGAAGAAAGAGCAUAAAGAUGAGAGCCAGGCUCCCACUGCUGCCCCCGAGGACGCCGUGCCGUCCGUCCCCACAGCUGCUGACAAGGCCGAGGACGAGGAGGAGGAGGAAGAGGAGGAGGAGGAGGAGGAGGAAGAGGAAUAAAGGGCCAGGCACAGGGCCCUGGCUGCACAGGACAGUCGGAAAAACGUCUUUAAGAGACUCAUUGAUUUUAUUUCCAAAAAAAGGGGGUGGGGUGGGGGGUAAAGUGAAAAAAAAAAUAAAGUGAGAGAAAGAAAAAAAAAAAAGAGGGAAUCAGUCCCAACCCUCGUCACCCCCACUCCAUCACCCACUGUAGCGUGCAGAGAAAUUAGGUCGCCUCGGGGACCCUCUCUGUCUCUGAAGACCCCAGGAGAUUCCCCCCAACCCUGGGUCAGUGUUGUGCGCUGGCCCAGAAAAAAAAUACUACCUAGCACAGGCCUCCUCGGGGGAGGCACCCCCAAACUACCUAUGGGCCCAGCCCCAGUGGCCGCCACUCCUUAAACAGACCACAUCCCAACACUGGCAGACACCCAGCACCUGCCCUCCUACCUGCGAAAACUACCUACUAACCCUAAACUACCUAUUCAUGCUGGCUAGCUUGCCUGCCCCUUGGUGCCCACCCAUCCCAGACCAGGCCUUGAUGCUUCUAGCUAACAGUCUUUGGGGUCCCCGAGGCCUCAAGGACAAGGCAAUGAGGUUCAGGGACCAGGGCAUUUGCUUCUAUUUAAAUUGAAAAAAUAAUAAUAUAUUUAUUCCAAAGCACACCAAGUGCUGUAACCUGGACUCUCUCUUUCUCUGGCUUUGGCACCUUAAGUUGAGGGCCAUUCCCCCCACUUCAGGAGGGGAGCGUUCCCGAGCUGCCUGCAGGCCUCUGGAAUAGAGAGCUUCGGUUUUGUGGGGCGAAGGAGAUGUCCCCAGCUUCACUGUCCUCCUCUUUGCUUCCGUGUCCAGCUGUUCAGCCAUGUCGAAUACGUGUUAGCCUGACUUUUCCUACAAGGACAAAUACUGUAUAUUUGAACCUGAUUUUUUUUCCCAUCAUUUCUCUAAUCUUGGAGCUCAUUUGUAAAGGAAUGUCUUGACUUGGGGAAAAUGUUUUCAUGGGGUGACUUUGUAGCAUGGUGUGCUGUCUUGAACCAAUUCUGUAGGGGGUGGGUGAGGGUCCCAUGCCCACCCCAGCCCCCAUGUUGUCCUAUGUUCCCCUUAGACCCAGACCCCGUCCCAGCCCAGUUACCUGUGUUUUCUGUAACAAUAAAGAUGCUUGGUGACAAAGAAA